UGUGUGAGGUGGUGUAGGAGGGGGAGAUAAAGUGUAACUCUGUCAGCUCAGUGUCAGAGAGUGACACUUCUCUGAGACAGAAAUGGCUUUCUUCAGUCUCUUAACUUCUAGAACUUUACUUAGUCACCUUUUCCACUCUGCCCUCACAGGUGGGUUUCUUUCUCUUUAUCUACUUGUAAAUGCGACCAUUAUCACCAAUCCCACUCAAACUCCCCUGCCCAUCCUGAACACGUCCACAACAGAUGAUUUACCUGCUCUGCCUGCUGACGAUCCUCCUGGCCCACAGGUGGUGUCAUAUUUACAACAGCCUCCAAAGGCAAAAGCUGUGGAAGGGGAGGAUGUGGUGUUUCCCUGUUUUUUAAAAAGUGAUGUGGGUGAAAUACUGGCUGUGAAGAAGGUGAGCUGGUAUGUGCACAGUUUGGAGGCAAGGAGGAAUGUUCUACAAGGAAAUGAUACAGUGGAGGAUGUGUUUGCUGGUCGUGUGUUUUUGUCUGGUGAUCUGCCUAUGGGAGAUCUAUCGAUGACACUAAGGAACAUUUCAGUGAGAGAUCAAGGCCUGUAUUUGUGUACCUUCAUAUCAACAAACUCAAGUAUUCUUCAUGGAGGUGGGACCAAACUCAGCAUCCGCAAAGAGUUGGGUGUGACUGAAGAGUCUGUGGGCACUAUAAUUGGCAUCGUUGCGGCAGUUGUUGGCGUGGCAGCGGGGCUGGUUGCUGUGAUACUGACUCAGUUCAAGGACAAACUGAGCUGCCUGAAGAAAUAACGUGGGAGCGAUAGCUUUGGAGUAUGGGUGUUAAAAGUGCGGAGAGGUUACGGUAAAGGCCAAAGGUAAAAGAAGACAAGCACACGUACGCUUACACUGCCAAGAACUGACCUCAGUGCACGAGAAUUUACAUCAGUGAACGGUGAGACGUUGAGCUCACCCCAUAUCCUGAAUGAUAAUAUACGAUUACAUACACAAACAGUUCCACUGACCCCAAAACAUACACAUCAGGGGCAUAUUCUUCGUACCUCGCUUAAUACUGAGAUGAUUUGACAGAUGCCAGAUCUUCUAAUCGUGAUAACUGAACUCUGGCUAAUUUGGUUCUUCAAACGAAUCUGCAGAUUGGAUUAAAAUAUCUGGAUUAAAUUGUCUAAGAUUACUGCGUGUUCUCGUGUUCCAUGAAAAGGGCAGAUGUAUCGAUACACGAAACCACGAUUGGCUGGAGUCAAGAAGGCAACGUAAUGACAUCAUAGAAUGAGAAAAGACACCUGACUAAAAACUUGACGAAUUUCUAGACAUUUAUAAGGAAACAGCCAAGCGAAUAAAUGACAGAAGAACGACAUAAAUGUUAUAAUAGAUAAAUGAAAUGUGCACUAUUUUUUU